UGGAUUACUUGCGCGUACGAGAACCGGACCGGUACUUAUCUCCAUGAUCAGCUCAAGCAUCAUGUUGGCCACCGAGACCCUGCAGAGCCGUCCCUAAGUACUACUCGGAGUCCGUUUUAUCUAGUGUGUGAAUGCGAUCGGGCAAACAUGACAAACUGUCAAGUGUCAACUCUAGGCAGGGUCUGUGUGACGGACGAAUCUAGCCCACCUGUUCAAAGAAUAGUCAGACUUGCGUUGUAG